UUCAUCACAGAAUAUGUGUAGUAGUUUAAACCCGAGGCUAUUGUUACUCGCGCUUCACUCUUAGAAAAUCAGGUGAUUCGAAUUGCUCAGAGCGUCAUCUCGCUCGUCUCAUAGCUACAUUGAGAGCACCCGAUUUCACGUUAUGUAGCUAUCGCAGUUGUGGCAAUCAGCUUCUGCCCCUUGCCUGGUUCAAAUUUGUAUUCGUCACAGCUAGCACAGAUGUUUCUAGGUUUCCUCUUGUAAAUCACGAAUUGCUGGGCGGGCCUGUCGAAACAUACUUCGAUUAUUAGUUCCACCAGUCAUACGACAAAGGCCUACCACUCUUGUAAUGUUACAAAUUUCUGGUAAAGGUCAGCGUUGUUUCUGAGCUAGGAAUUACGACGAGGUUUAGUACCUAGACUUGUAGGUUUCUUAGCCUAUUCAACCGCCAUUACUGCUCUAGCGUCCAUGCCAGUUACACAAUUCUUGUGUAGCUACUACGAAAUUGCCGAGCCGCGAAACUAGUCUUCGUGUCGAAUUGUGGUGUGUAAGAUCUUGAGAUGAUGUAAGAGUGCCGCAACUAUUACUCUCCGCGAAGGUCGAAGGAUUGGGUUUGCUGCGCCCGUUUCGAACUGUUCCUGAUAUCUAAUGAAACCAUGAUUACAUAUGUUUAUAAAUCGUGAAAUCCGGCACCGGGCCGUGCCGCAUACCUCGCAUCGUGUGUAGAGUAUCUUAACACAUCCCUCCCCUCAACAUUUUCUCUUUGAUAGCGAUGGUACAGCUCCUUCAAGGAUCCGUCUGGCACCGAUUCGCUAGUCACGUGUGUGGGUUUCUGUCGACAUAGUUUUCGGAAUCACCAUGUUUCCUGAAUGCUGAAGGGCCUUCAGAACUGAGGGUCUUACAGCAACAUUCAACCUUCUCAGCAGUGGUUAUGGAUGGCAGACUUAAUUGUUGAAGCGUCAAAGAAUCGUAGGAGGGUUGGAGGAAGGUCUUGGAAACUGUUGUGACCGAACAGCAUUAAGGGUGUUAUGGUUAUGGCAUGGUUGACGGUAAAGUUUUUGACCACGGAGCUGCCAAGAGAGCAGAUUUUGGUGGAUGUUCCAUGUGGUGUCAUCGUUGACGCCGAUGUGGGAUGCAAUGCGAAAAGGACUUACAGGGGGCUGUUCACGCUCUAAAACGAGGUGGUUGUUAUCGUGCGAGGACGCGCGGAUGUCUGGACGUUGUGCUGGUGCAGAUGCAGAUGGUUCAGUGGGUCUGAUUCUUAGGUGGUGGAUGGUAGAGUAGCAGGAAAUCUGGUGAGUGCGAGGAACCUUAGUUGGACGACUUUGAGGGAGUAAUCGAAGAGCCUGUGAGAACCAUAGACGUGAGCAUGCGUAGCGGGGCAAAUUCAGUCCAACACUUGCUCACUCCGGCGGCACACGGUGUCUUGAAGUAUGCGGUUACCGAGGCUCGGAGGAGGGGUCACCCUCAGGUGCAACCCCUGCAUGUUGUGUCCAUGUUGCUUACUCACGCCGGAAGCCGUCUGCGACAAGCGUGCAUGCUGUCCCAGCCUCAAAACUCUCAAUCCGCGGAGUGUCGGGCUCUUGAAGUGUGCUUCAAUGUCGCCCUGGAUCAUCUUCCGCAGUCCGCGUUGGCCGCUGCCAGCCAGCCCAUUCUGUCAAACGCCUUGAUGGCCGCUCUGAAGCGGGCUCACGCCCAUCAGAGACGGGGAUGCCCGGAGCACCAACAAUCUCCACUACUUGCUGUGAAAGUUGAGAUUGAUCAGUUGAUUAUCUCCAUUCUAGAUGAUCCGAGUGUCAGUCGGGUUAUGAAAGAGGCCGGACUUUCUAGUACGAAUGUCAAGUUCAACUUGGAAGAUGGGCCUGUCACAGCGACCGUAGCAAACGGAGACGGGAAAGGGUUGACUAGCCAUGUAUCAAAUGGCGUAGGACAAGCGUUAAGCAGCCAUGAGCAGGCUUCUAAGCAUGGAAUUGAUAUGGUGUCGCAAGGUCCUUUUUAUGAUAAUAGUUGCGUGACGCAAGAGGAGAAUGAAACAAAGGCAUCUGUGAAGUUUUCACGCUUGCCUGCAAAUCAAACCAGUUCUAUGGAAUCAUGGCAGCAGUCUGACGCAGUCAUUGAGAGUCAUGAGAGGAGGGAGUUGGUGUGCAGAGCUCCGAAUAGAUCGAAUCCGGUUGUUGGACCUGGAGGUGGUCUUUCAUCGAAGGAUGAGGACGUCCUCAACAUUUUGAAUAUCUUUUUAAGGCCCAGGAUCAAGAAUGUCAUCUUAGUAGGAGAUAUCACUGCUGCUAAUGCUGUGAAUUCUGACUUGGCGUUGAGGAUAAAAAACGGGAACGUGCCAGCACAAUUGCAAGGCCUGCAGAUUCUUGAUCCUCUGCUAUCUUCAUCGUCUUUUGGAUAUUGCAGCAGUCUUGAAAUGGAUCAGAAACUUGCUGAGCUGAGUAAGAUUGUAGGGGAGUGUAUGCCUGCGGGUGCCAUACUUCACAUUGGAGAUUUGCAAUGGCUUGCGGAGCCUAUGCAACUCAAGAAGGGCCCAUCAAAUUUUUGUCCCGCACAACGAACUGCAUCCGAGUUGCGGCAGUUGCUAAUUCGGCAUGCAAGUAGCAGAUUGUGGUUUGUUGGAGUGGCAACUCCUCAAACAUUUUCCCGACUGCAAGUUUUGUACCCAUCUUUGAUAGCAGAUUGGGGUCUCCAGCCUGUGCCACUCUCAAUAGGGUCCCAACCCGACUUCCUAUCAAGAUUGACAAAUUGCACUCGAGUUGUGCAUGAUCUUCACUCGCUUCACUCGACACCGUCUGCCAGUGUAGAGUCCCCUAGGGUGACAUUAAUGCAGGAUACGCGACCCGUGAGCAAUUCUGGUCCAAAUGAGAGGUUUCAAUGCUGUGUUGAAUGUCUGGCCAAGUUUGAAGAGGAGCGUCGGCUUAUUCACGAGCAUGAAAGUCUUUCUCUACAUUUGUCACUUACAGGUGAUGAAGCUAGUUUUGGGGUUGUGAACGGUGGAACGGGCCAGGUAGGGAAAGAGUCAGUUGUUCAGCAGUUAAUGCAGCUCCGGGAGAAGUGGCAAAAGAACUGCAGGAUGCUCCAUGGAGACUCAUCACAGUCUGUUGGUGCCCAAUCAAGGCCACAGCUGCCGUCUCCCUUUAGUCGAAUGACUGCAUCCUCUCACAUCAACCUUCCGAAGUCUUGUGGUUUAGGUGUGGACGUAUCUUCCCGAUGGUCUGGCCCAGGGAACAGGUCGGUAACUUCACCCGCUGUUGUUCAGCCCAUUCGAGCGUCACCGUUAUUCACCAUGAAUGCUGCAAGGCAAGGUGCAAUCAGUCCUUUGCAAAGAAUGGUGCAAGCGCAAGAUGCAGCUUCUCUAGGAGCUGACAAAAUCUUAGAGGCCAAUGGUGGGCCUGAUACGGGCUCACCGAAGGAUGGGAGUAGCGUAGCUUCUGCACCAGAUGAUCACGAAGAUCCCCACACUUCAACUGGGACAUCUGCCCAGAAUGCCUCCCUGGCAAAUAUUCAUACAAAUUUGGCUCUUGGAAGAGCCAACGAUGCCUCCCCAAUGGCUGGUAAGCUGAGGGCUCCCAUAUCACUGGCAUCAAAACCCAGUCCACUCCACGCCGGGGGCGCGGGUGUCGGUGCUUGUCCUAUCAGUGUGAAGAACACCACUAAGCCACAUUGGCUUCUACAAUCCCCUUUGCAACAACAAAGACCAGUUGCCAACAACCCAUCCCAGCCGAGAGGGUUGUCAAGGCAGUUAUAUGCAUCACCUUUGACAAGGCGACAAGCUCGCGUGUCAAAAUCGCCGAGUCCUCCUCCUGCUGCUCCUUUGAAGGACGUUGUGGAUGAUCCCACUUUGAAGGGUCUCUACAAGGGCCUCAUGCAACGUGUUCCUUGGCAGGCUGCCGCUGUGGCGGGCAUAGCAACUACUGUCAUGAAGUGUCGGUCUGGCAUGGGCUCCUUCAGAGGUGCUACUGCUAAGACUGAUACAUGGCUGCUUCUGUUAGGACCUGAUCCUGUGGCCAAGGUUGCUAUUGCUAAGGCUUUGGCAGAGAUGGUUUUUGGUGGUGAAAGGAGCCUUCUGCAUAUUGGAUUUGCAGACGGAUCGCCUGCAAGGUUGGAAGGAGAUGACAGUGGUAUGCGGUACCGAGGUAAAACACCGCUCGACAGGUUGGCGGAAGCUGUCCGGUUGAAGCCUUCAUCAGUCAUACUACUGGAGGAUAUUGAUAAGGCUACCAGUGUGUUUAAGAACAACGUUGUUAGGGCUAUGGAGAGAGGAAAGCUUGCCGAUUCUAGUAUGCGUGAGGUGAGCCUCAGCAACUCUAUCAUCGUCAUGACUACAAGCGUUGGCAGUGUGGACUGCGAGCCAGUGGAGCGCCUAGGGGCCCUAUCUUUCUCAGAAGCGAAGCUGGCCGCCUUGAAAAGAGCCGAAAUUUGUGUAAGAAUUAAACAUUCAAGUAGCGAAAAGAUUGUUUUCAAAAGCGCCAACAACAAGAUAGUUGUCGUAGAUCAUGGUGAAGAAGAGCAGAAGAAAUUCGUCGAGACUACUUCCUCGCCAUUGGAAGUUCCAUUAUGGGUGACCAAGCGAAAGCAAGACUCAUUUCUUCAAGGUGAACUUCGCUCGAAGUUCGAUGCGAAACGAACAAAAUCUGGCCAAGGUCGAUUUCUAAACUUGGAUCUCAAUCUAUCUACUGGAGAAAACAAAGGUUGUUGGACAGGUGAGACGGAUGAUCACUGCGUCACCGACUUCGACGCAGAAGAAGUUAAACGUAAGAAGGUGUUGGAGCACGUCCGCUUAAUGCUUACUGACAAAUUUUGUGCCUUACCUGAUUAUGCCGUCGGGUUCGACCCUUACGAUUUCAAUGGACUCGCUACGGAGAUCUUGAACACGCUUAGCAAAUCAUUUGAGGACCAUUCCCCAUCUGAAGCAGGUGUUGAGGUGGACCUUCGUCUCCUGGAGUAUCUCAUGUCAUGUGUGUGGAAAAUACCCGAUGGGCGACAAAAAUUCAACGCCUGGGUCGAUGAUGUGUUUUCCAAGAGCAUCUCGAGAUCUCUUGUCGAUAUUAGCACUGCUGGAGGUCCUGUUGUGGAGUUGAUUGCGGGGCUUUCCGUAGUGAAGGAUGCCUUUGAGGGAGUUGCUCUGCCACACAGCAUUAAUUUUGUGUCCACCGUGGCUGUGUAGCAUCAAGGUCUUUAUAGAACAGAUUGCGAUAUUUUUACUUCUGUGGCCACAGUUCCCUUUUCCAAUCCAAGUAUUGCAAUGGCGAAGUGAUGGCUGUGGGAGUGACAAUGUGAUAUAGUUCUUCACUAUUCGAUAGUUGAUAUGUUUCAUUAGUACCCAUUAAUUCAUGGUGUGUGAAGUCAUGUGGAGAGGUGCUUCACUUGUCCAGUCAGCUUCUUUUCCCUGGCUGAGGUUUUGCUCCUAGAACCUGCGGGUUUGCUAGUGGAGGUAUGUGUACAUGAUAAUUGAUGAACUUGGCCUGGCGUUGAGAUUAUGUUCCCGGAAUGCUCUGCUGUCUGCAGUGAUGGAGGAGAGAAUUUUUGCUAAGCUUGCUUCCGAACUCUCUAUAUAUAAAACUGUUGUAUCCGAUGUCAGAGCAGCCUUCUCUGUAGACUAGCUCUGCUUUCACAGUGCAGUGCAGUGAAGAGUAGACCUCAUGGAGUCUAAAGUGCAGUUCCUCCCUUUGUAGUAUAAAUAUUUAAAUACAUAUAUUCAGCAUGAAUUCCUCAAAUUCACAUUCA